GCCGCAUCCCAUCCUGAGCAGUGCGGGAGGAGCAAAACUCCUUUUUCUGCAAUGGUUUGCCAUUCAGAAAGUCCAGCCGGAUGACAUUACGUAUUGCUACUGCACUACAGUAAAUCCGGCCAUCCUUUUCUGUGAAAAUGCAUAUCUGGAUAUGGAAAAUCAUCCUGUUUGUUGCUACAUCUCUAAGCUUUGUAGAGAUGUAUGACAAUUAUGGGGAGAUUUGUAGAAAUCUAUGUACCUGUGAGGAGAAGGAUGGGAUCCUGACUGUGAGCUGUGAGAACAGAGGAAUUGUCCGACUGUCGGAAAUAAGCCCUGUGAAUUUUCCCAUGUACCACCUCCUGCUGACUGGAAAUCUCCUAAAGAGACUCUCUCUAAAUGACUUCAUUAGUUAUACGGGGGUUACAAUUUUACAUUUAGGGAACAAUGACAUAUCAGAAAUUGAAUCAGGAGCUUUCAAUGGACUCCAGGGAUUAAAAAGGUUGCAUCUGAACAACAACAAAAUAGAUGCCCUGAGGGAUGAUACUUUUGUUGGCCUUGAGAGUUUGGAAUAUCUGCAGAUUGAUUACAACUACAUCACCUUCAUAGAACCUAAUGCCUUGAGCAAGCUUCAUCACCUGGAAGUGCUGAUUUUGAAUGACAACUUGCUAUCGGCUUUGCCUACCAACAUCUUCCGGCAUGUCCCCCUGACUCACCUUGACUUGAGGGGCAACAGACUGAAAAUGUUCCCGUACAUUGGCCUUUUAGAGCACAUGGACAAAGUGGUGGAAUUACAGUUAGAAGAGAAUCCAUGGAAUUGUUCUUGUGAACUUAUUACCCUGAAGGCCUGGCUGGAGAGCAUUUCCUACACUGCUUUAGUGGGUGAGGUAGUCUGUGAGACACCCUUCCGGCUUCACGGGAGAGACCUGGAUGAAGUUUCCAAGCAAGAACUGUGUCCCAGGAGAGCCAUCUCUGAGUACGAGAUGCGACCUCAAUCACCCCUGAGCACGACAGGAUACUUCCAGACCACGCCUGCGGCUGUGACUGCAUCGGCCACUUCAUCUGCAGUUUUGCGAUCUUCAUCAAGGCCAACCAAGGGCACAGGCCAAUCAAGCAGGUCAAAAUCCAAGCCUACAUCCCGCAUCCCCUCCAAUAUCCCAUACAACUACGGUCCCAUCAUUGCUUAUCAGACUAAGUCUCCUGUGCCUUUGGACUGCCCCACUGCCUGCACAUGCAAUUUACAAAUCUCUGACCUUGGUCUGAAUGUCAACUGCCAGGAGCGAAAGAUAGAAAACAUCUCUGAUCUAAAGCCCAAACCAUACAACCCCAAGAAAAUGUACCUUACUGGGAAUUACAUCCCAGUUGUACGCAGAUCUGAUUUCAUAGAUGCCACUGGAUUAGAUCUACUUCACCUUGGAAACAACCGAAUAGCUGUCAUUCAUGAUCGAGCCUUUGGGGAUUUAGCAAAUUUGCGUAGACUUUACCUAAAUGGUAAUUUAAUUGAGCGUCUCACUGUAGACAUGUUUUACGGACUUCAGAGUUUGCAGUACUUGUAUUUAGAAUACAACGUAAUCCGAGAAAUAGUGUCGGGUACCUUUCAGUAUGUACCCAAUCUCCAGCUUCUUUUUCUGAAUAACAAUGUUCUUAAAACCUUACCUGGGGGCAUAUUUUCUGGUUUGUCUUUGGCCAGGCUUAAUCUCUGCAGUAACCAUUUUCAGAACCUUCCUGUUAGUGGCGUCUUAGAUCAGCUAAAAUCUCUGGUGCAGAUAGACCUACAUGAGAACCCAUGGGAUUGCUCCUGUGACGUGGUGGGCAUGAAGAUCUGGCUGGAGCAGCUCAACGCUGGCACAGUCGUGAACGAAGUGCUGUGUGAAACUCCAAAGAGGCUAAAUGGGGAGGAUAUGCGUAACAUUAAAUCUGAAUACCUUUGCCCAGACUAUUCAGAUGUUAUUGUGUCAACAGUUCCUCCAACUGAAGAGCCUUACCCAGGAGGCCCUACCACAGCAGAAGCAUCUUUGAGAUAUACGCCGUCCAGUGCAGUUCCUCUGUCUGUCUUGAUUUUAAGCCUCCUUUUGGUGUUCAUAAUGUCUGUUUUCAUUGCAGCAGGUCUGUUUGUGGUUGUUAUGAAACGCCGCAAAAAGUCUCAAAAUGACCGCACCAGCACGAAUAAUUCAGAUGUCAGUUCAUUCAACCUCCAGUACAGUCUUUACACAAACAGAUCAGUUCCAAAAGUUAAAACCCCUGCAGGGCACGUUUAUGAGUACAUUCCACAUCCACUGGGUCAUAUGUGCAAAAAUCCAAUUUAUAGAUCGAGGGAAGGCACCUCAGUGGAGGAUUAUAGGGACCUGCAUGAGCUGAAAGUGACAUACAGGAGCACCCCUGAUGAGGAAAGGGACAGCAAUUUGAGAAGUCCCACGUACAGUGUGAGUACCAUAGAACCACGUGAGGAGUCCUCUCCAGUACAAGAUGCUGAGCAUUUCUUCCGAGCCAUCCUCGAACCUGACAAACCGUCACCAUCAGCGCACAAUUUUGAAUACAAGUACAGUGGCCCUGCUUCUUAUACUUACACCCCAAACUUUGAUGUCAGACGUCAGUUCUUGCAUCCUGAAAGGAUACGAGAGACUGUGCUGUAUGGUACAGCGCCAAGUACUGUUUACGUUGAGCCUACCAGAAAUGAAUAUCUAGAACUAAAAGCUAAACUUCAAGCUGAGCCGGACUACCUCGAAGUUCUUGAGAAACAGACAACGUUCAGCCAGUUUUGAACUGCUUGAGUAUUUAAAGCAUUUUUCCUUAGAGUACUUAUUGCUUCAAGCUGGAGGGUGCCUUGGCACAAAAUAACCAUCGUGGAAGAAGAUAAAAUGGGGUGUGCCGGACUAUAUUAUUGUUAUUUUUAGAACUACAUUGCAUUACAGACAUCAGAUGC